UGAAAACAUCUUUCGACUGGCAAUAACCUCAAAUUACAGUUUUUAUUUUAUUUUUAUUUUCCAUCUUUUUGUUUAUCCUUGGGGGAAAAUGUCGGGCAUGCAGUCUAUGGCGAGAAGCGUUGGUGCCAUAGUCCAAGUAGGUCGGCGUUUCUCCACCACUUCUAGAUUCUCGCUGCUGGGAUCAGUGGGUGACAGCUACCACGGAUUGUUACUGAAGCAAAAGAAUGCAGUGAAAAACGUUCAAAACGUAAACCAUAUCAGCCGGCCACUGGAGGAGAAAACAACGCUUCGUCUAGUCCUGCAAAAGCUCGACGACAGAAGACACAAGACGAGCUCAACAGACAACGAUGGGAAUAGUUUCGGUCGAAAGCAAUCGGAUGACAAGCCCAGCGCUCUGAGUCCAUACAUACCAUCAAAAAAUAAAGAAAAGCUCAUCUUCAUAAGCGGAGAAAUAUUUCUCCCAGUCCGGCAGCCUGAGUUUGUUAGUCCAUGCGCGGAGGUCAUCUCCAUAGAAGAGGAGGGAGCCCCUGUCGAUGAAGUGCCUGAGCCUAUUAGCGAAUAUCAAAAGGAGGAGGCCAUCGAACAAAGAAAAGAAAAGCCUAUAGUCAUGAUUGAACAUGUUUUCUACAAAAAACAAAAGGAGGAAAGUCAAAUCAGUGAGGCUGAAGCGAUCUGCGAAUAUCAAAAAGACGAAAACCCAAUCGAAGUAAGUGGAGAAAUCGUAUGGGGACAACAAAACGAAGAAAGUAUUGUGGGUUUGAGUGAUGAUCAGAUCUACGGAAAACAGAACAAAGAAGAUUACGAGAUCCUGAGUACAGAAGAAAUGGAACAGCAAGCCUCCGAUGUGGCUGAAGAGAUCACCAGUAGAAAACAGAGAGAAGAAAAGCCUAUUCAAGAUGAGAUCACCAGCAUGAAAGAGACCGAAGACGAUGAGAUCUUGAGUACAGAAGAAAUGGAGCAGCAGCCCUUCGAUAUGGCCGAAGAGAUCACCAGUAGGAAACAGAGGGAAGAAAAACCUUUCCAGGAAGACGAGAUCAUCAGCAGGAAACAGAGAGAAGAAAAGUCGUUUAUUCAAGAUGAUAUCUUGAGUACAGAAGAUAUGGAAGAGCAGCCCUUCGAUGUGGCCGAAGAGAUCACCAGCAGAAAACAGAAAGAAGAAAAACCUUUCCAGCAUGACGAGAUCAUCAGCAGGAAGCAGAAGGAAGAAGAAUCCUUUCUCCAGGAUGACGAGAUCUUGAGUACGGAGCAAACGCAACAGGAACCCUUCAAUAUAGCUGAAGAGAUCACCAGCAGAAAACAGAGGGAAGAAAAGCCUGUGGGCAGAAUCGAACACGCCUUUUUAAAAGAAACACCCGAGGUCGCUGAGCUUUUAAAGCCUGAGGAAAUUUUCAGUAGUAGUGCUCAACGAAAAGAGAAUCAACAAUAACCUGCAAAAAGUGGAUAUUUAAUCAAAACAGGACCAGUGACCGUUUUACAGCACCAUAAGGAUAUUUGGAUAAGAUGAGUGUAACGAAGAAGAAUUGGUAGUGCUAAACGAUGAAUAAUAAGAAAAAGAAGCCAUUGCUAACUUUUCUGUGUUUACAAUAUACAAAAUAAAAAUAAAUAACAAA